AUAAAAAAAUUCAUUUCAGUGGCUUUACAGAAACAACCAAAGAAGUUGGAGGCCUUCUUAAAUGAUGGAGAGUUUGCACUGAAGGAGGGGUUCUUAAAGGAUUUAGGUCAAGAUACAUCACCCACAGCCAGUAAAUAGGUGUGCUCAUCAUCAGGUCAAGAUACAUCGCCCACAGCUGGUCAAGAGGUGUGCUCAUCAGGAGGUCAAGAUUCAUCACCCACAGCCAGUCAAGAGGUUCGGUCUUCAGAACAUAAAGAAACAUCACCCACAGUCAGUCAAGAGGUUUGGCCAUCAGAACGUCAAGAUACAUUACCCACAGCCAGUCAAGAGGUUUGCUCAUCGGCAGGUCAAGAUACAUCACCCACAGCUAGUCAAGAGGUUUGGCCAUCAGCACAUAUAGAUACAUCCUCUACAGCCAGUCAAGAGGUUUGCUCAUCAGAACGUCAAGAUACAUCACACACAGUCAGUCAGGAGGUGAACCUUAGGAAAUAACUGCAACAUUGAGCCAGGUGAUAAACUUGAAACCAAACAAGCUACAAUGGCUGUGUAGCCACCUGGGUCAUACAACGAGAGUGCGCUUGGACCACUACAGGCAAAUGUCUGGCUUCAUUGAAAGAGUCAAAAUCAGCAAAGUAUUGCUGAUGCAAGACAUGGACCUUACAGAAAAGUUUGUAGGAAAGAGCCUUGAUGAAAUUGGGAGCAUUCCUUUUGAAGACAUUUUAGCAUCUGGUCCAGAGACAUGUGGUAAUGAAAAUAGAGCAGAAAGUCAAGCAGAAGUCGAUGCUGAGUACACAAGUCUUGAAUGUCAAGCAGAAGUCGAUGCUGAGCACACAAGUCUUGAUGCCCCAGAUGGAUAUGGAAGCAUGGACGAAGAUGACCACACUAUAUCAAAUGGGGAUGAAGAGGAAUUUGAGGGAAAGAGAAAAAGGAAGCCCCUCCAAAAAGGCUGCAAACGUCAGAAAUUCACAGAGGUAGAAACGGAGGAAAUAAAAACUUACUUUAGUGAAUAUCUUAAAAGUGGAAUUUGUCUGCGGAAACAGCAGGUUGAAGAUGCCAAACAGAAAAGUCGUAAGAAAACUGGGCAAAUAUGGAAAAGGUCAAACGACAAGAUAAUUCAGAAAAUUAGUGCAAUGAAUCAUAAGAAAUAAUAAAAACAUGUUGUUUACUACCGGUACUCGGAUGGAACAUUAUAAGAAUACCUUCGAGGGACAUUGAAAAGUUCAUGCAACAGUGACUUGGCAAAUAUGGGUGAUGUUUGUAUGCAAGUGGUAAUUUUUGUGUGUGCAUUUUAUUUGUUGAAUUGAAACUUUACUAUGUAUAUGUCUAAAGGUGGAAAAGAAUCUUAUAUUAUCAAACGUUAAAAAUGCUAAUACAAAAGCUUAGAUACAAUAUUUUCCUUUUUGCUUCAUUGAUGCUUUUGGAAUGUACCUUAUUUAUUUUCUUAUAUACCUGAUUUCAGUUUACAAAUAAUAUAAGUAAAGUUUAAGGUAUAUAAUAAAAACACAUGUUAUGAACAUAAAGUUACAAAUGAAUUUUAGAAGCAAGCUCUAUUUGUAACUACUUAGGAAGAAACAUUUUUCCAAAUAGAUUCUUUUUUCUCCUGUGGUUUUUCUUAGAUUCACAACUUUUGUUAUUUAAAAAAAAGAGAUUGUGUGUCCUUUCCAAAAGUUGCUUAUAAUAUGUAACUUAAGCUGCCAUAUGUAUGGUCCAAACUUGAAGAAAAUGUUUUGGCAAGACCAAUAUGGAAUCUGGGUCAUGUGGGUCCAAAAGCUAGAAUGUGUGCAAAAAUUUACAAAAAUAAUUGUAAAUAUGCUUGAAGACACAUUUUUGAU